AUGCAACGCUUUGUAUUACUUUCGUUAUACAUUGCUCUGCCGUUGACUUUCGCUGAGGAUGUUAGCUAUCAAGCGUGUGUCGACAAAUACUCAAGAAAAGGCUACCAGCCGUGGCAAGAAUGGUCAGAUCACUACACUUGUCAUCGGUAUAGAUGCGAAAUACGCGAUGGAAAAUACUUCAUAGCUGCUGUCGGCUGUCGUAAACCUAAAAUACCAGAAAAUGCCCUAGAGUGUCAUGAAUAUAUUGAAGAUGAAAACGUUGAAUUCCCAACAUGUUGCGCUCGAUUAAGAUGUGUUGUGGAAGUGAACGGCGAACGAAUCGUUCAGACUAGGGGACAGCCCGGCGAACUAUUUCCUGAUAAACCUUGGAAAGGACAACAAAACGAACCUAAUCCUGCUGUAGUCGGUAUGCCUAACAUACAGCAAAAUACAGUGAGUGGAGAACCUCAGCCACAGUCAGCCCCUGGCAUUUUCAAUAGAGGAGGAUCAGGAAAGCAAACGGAUGGCAGCGAUAUUAGCGGACGCAGAUACGUCGACCCGUACCCGAACGCCCAGAUACAAGAGUCGCCAAGGAAGAAGAGAUCAACAAUAUACCCUUUAUUUAGCAGAGGAAAUGUCAAUGAACAACAAUCAUACCAAUCGCAUGACGUUAAAAUUAAUGGAUUUUCCCCCGAAAGAUAUACUUCAUACUUUCCUAACAAUGCAAAAAGUAUUUUAAGCUCUAAAUUACAUAUUAAUUUGUCUUAAUUUAGUUAAUGUAAUUGCUGAUAGUAAUAAUUAAUUAUUUAUUCACAAUAAAUGUAAUAUUAACGCAAUUUUGUAUUUAUGUGUUGUUUUUGUAAAGUCUUGAAUGAUUUAAUAACUAUGUUUAAUUUAAAUGUAUACAGAAUAGUCAUCGAUAAUGUUAUU